ACGCAGAUUAAUGACGUAGUCAACGUUGCGACGAGUUUUAUUUCAGACUGAAGUGAAGGAGUGAUUUGAUCUCGGCAGCUGAAUUUACGAAUACAACAAUGUCAUACGCAGAAGACGAAUCCUCGGAGUGUGGCAGUGGGGGACCAUCCAAACUGGAAAGCUACGUUUUCAGCUGUGAACUUUCUUCCAAAGUACCAUUCUACACCUUUCAAGGAGAUGAAGAGGAGGAUUUGGAGCACUUUCUUGAACUACGAACGGUAUGUCUUGGAGAGGGAGCAAAAGAGGAGAGUAACGUGGUUGAGGUAACGGCCAUGAACCACAAAGGCAAGACCAUCUCUGUGCCUGUGGCAAACCUCCACCUCAACUGCCUGCCUAUGGUGAGUCUGGGGGAGUUCGAGCUGAAGGCUCCGGUGACCAUCCGUCUGAGAUCUGGAACAGGGCCUGUGACUGUUAGUGGGCUUCACCUCAUAGCCUCAGACGAGCUUGGGUCGGAUCUGUCCGAUGAGGAGGACCUGGAGAUGGAUGAGGAGAUUGUCCCCAUCAAACCGGCCAAGAAGAAGCAGAAGUUGUAGAAGACAACCUGUCAGAGCCUGCUUCAUUUGGACUUUUUAAAAGAAAAUUAAAGGGAUGUUUAUUAAUCCUAUUAGAUACAUUUUAUAUCGACUUCCGUUUUGCUGCUCUAAGAUGACACCCAUAGGUGUUGGUCAUGCUGAACGUGGUGUGGUUGAGAGGGGUGCCAUGUGGAGCUGACCUACCUUUUGUUUGUGAGGGUGGAGAUGGCUGGAGGGGGUUUGCCCUUAGAGACUGAAUGAAUUUGGUUUUAUUACAAAACGCUGCGUUCCUUUCUUAACACAAUCUGGAUUUUGAAUAGGAUUGAUCAAAAAAAGUGUGUGUGGAACUUGAGCUUCAAAGAAAAUGUGAUUUUUUUCACACACAACACCAGCAGUUGACUGUGUAAUGACUUCAAACCCUUAAAGGUUUAAGAGUUUGAACACAUGAUUUGUAUUUGUUUGCAUGCUUUGCCAAUUGAAACCUCUUUUUAGCCUGGGAGCCAGACUAAUCUGCCAGCCCCUGCUUUAUUUUCACUGGCAGAUUAGUCUGGUUCCCAUUCGAACAGAUUUCCCUCCGACCAGAUUCGGCUCGGGCCAGUAAGAACGGUUUCCCUGACAUGGGGUUGGUUUAAGGGACUAUACAGAAGAGUGUAGUUGAGGCAUGGUAACCAACUAUGAUGGCGCUUCAUUGUUCUGAUUGGUUGUAUAUACAUUUGCGUCCAGAGCCAUUUAAGUUCCUUUGGAACAAAAAAAUGAACGGAGGUUCCAUGGAUUACCAAAUGAAUAUACCAUUUUGAAUGGUGUCAUGUCAUGCUGUUCUAUGAAAUGUGUCUUUCUGAAGUGUUAUUUUUUUGUAUGUUUACAAAUUGUUGAAAUAAAGUGGAAUUCUUGUGAUAAGAGUA